UAAGAAAGAGUGCAAUUUACAAACCAAUUUUAGCUGUCUCCUUGUGGUACGCGCCUAACUUUAAUCCACAAACGUUGAAUUUCUUUUAAGUUUCGCCUGCGCUUCGAGUUAAUCAAUACGAAAGAAAGCAUUCUUAGAAAAUAUCUAGUUUUGUUUAUGUGCGUCGAGGAACAAAGGUUGUGAGUGCUCCGACGACUCUACCGACCCUACUGCGCGCCAGCUACCCUGCCCCCACCCUGCCAGCUCCACAGGCCAGCCCCAAUGUCGCCCCGUCACGCUAUUUCACGCCGCUCGCUAGGUCUGUGGCUCCGCGAGCACGGUGGUUCGAAUGGGGAGUUUUCGUAAAUCGGUUCCGGUGUCUCUCAAUGCUGUCCUCGACCAACUACGAGAUCCGGGACUUCAAGCUGGCGCAUAGGACAUGGAGCACCCUAAACGGGAGGACUGGAUGGCGCAACAAGAAAGCAAUGCUGUCGUCGAUAGAAAUGCGAUCUGCCUGGGCGGGGAGCGACGCUCCGAACAGGACCCGUACCACAGUGCGCUGACUGCCGUCUCCCCUAGCAACCUUGGACAACUUUGUGUUAGUGCUUCGGCUGGUAACCAGGUUUUUUCGGUGAUGCCUUUAGAAACCAGGGAUAUGUUUGAUAUAGCAAGAAUGCCCUUCAACAUAAUGCCUGCUCCAUCGAUGCCAGCUACUGCUAUUCCUCAAAGUGCCAACGGCUUAUCACUGCCUCAGCCACCAAGCCAGACGAUGCCGCAGCCUGUGAUGCAGUGGUCUUCGCUAGUCUCAAGUACACAGGAUUUUCCCGUCCAGCCUUCGACAGCAGCACCUCUUGCCAUCAGUGCAGCGAAUCAGGCAAGUGCCGUGACCAAUGGAAACCUCAACAGCAAGCCAAUACAGUUCAACUUCACUUCGAGACAACACGUGCUCCAGGUUCCCUUCGACGAGCCCACGACCGAAGACCGCAUAGUUUCAAAUGGUGGAGCUGUGCCCGAACUAAUGGACGCCAGUGAAGAGCCUGCAGUCGAAGAUCCAAGCGGUGCUCCGUCUGCCCCAGCGCCACCAGUUGCAUGCACGGCGCAGCCCAAAACUGCCCUACAGAUGGCAUUUUCAAACUGGCCAGGCAAAUCAUCAAGCUCGACCUCAAAGGUGGUGCCCGGUAGGCUUCGUCAUGUGUCUGGCGACGUUGCUGAGGAUACGGAGCUCCUGUGUCGCAUGUGCGAGUGCGGCUUCAGGUGCACCUCCCAAAAACUGCUGGAACAGCACAUGGUAAAAUCUCACAUAAUUCCCUUCUCCAAUGUCUGUAACCUCUGCAAAAAAAAGGCUCCCAGCUUCAAGGCACAGAUGCAGCAUAUGGUACAACACGCAAAUGUUACUUGUGAGGAGCCUCCAGUCCAAGAUCCAGAUGGUGCUCUGUCUGCAUCAGAUGCAUGUACGGAGCAGCCGAAAACUGCCCUACAGGAGUUGUCUUCGAACCGUGCAAGCAAAUCGUCGGGCACAACCUCAAAGACUGUGCCCAAGACGCUGCGUCGGGAGUCGGGCGACGUUGCUGACGUUACGGAGCUUGUGCAUUACAUGUGCGACUGCAGCUUCGGGUGCACCUCCCAAAAGCUGCUGCUAGAGCACAUGAUCAAAUCCCACGUAAUUCCACUCUCCAACAUCUGUAACCUCUGUGGGAAAAAGUCUCUCAAUCCCAAGGCACAGAAGCAGCAUAUGGUUCUGCAUACAACCGUCACUUCCAUCGAUGAAGCACUGAAUUCCAAGAUGCCUCUUUCACAGAAGCCGAGCACAAGCUGCAACCCUCCUCGGGAGGAUUCACCGCUGGUCUCAUCAACCGUUCACAUUGACUCCGACGAAGAUGCAGAGGGUGACUCCAAGCCCUUGACGGGCGACAAAGACCCGGACAUCUCUUUCAUGAAAAUGAGACAGGACCUUAUUGGGACGACUGCAAUAGAGCCAUUCUUCAAGUGCAUGUUGGCAGACUGUAAGUUCACGUCUGACACCCGACGGCCCUUUUUCGAUCACCUUGGAGCCCACACUGUGAAGGAGCUCGGUGCACUCAUGUGCAUCUACUGCAGUCAAAAAUUCGAGGCCAUCUUUGCUCUUGUUGAGCAUAUGGUCUCGUGUCACGGCCAACGUCGCUACCAGUGUGGCUGGUGCCUUUACCGCUCCGCCUUUCUCAUUCAUCUGCAAAUCCACCAUCAUCACUCUCACCACGAAAAGAAAGUGCUCUUCUUCAAAUGUCCAAACAUCCCUACAGAAUCUCCAAGCAAGUCGUUCGCUAGCCAGAGUGUGACACUCACUCACUACUGGUGCAGCGUGCCAGGCUGCAGUUACAAGCACCUCGACCCAGAUGCAUUCGAAUGGCACCUGUCAAAUGAGCACCCGAGGACCUCAGAAUACCGGUGCAAGAUCUGCGACAUAACAACAGUCUGUGCAAAAGAUCUUGUGCGGCACUGCGUUGAACACGACAUGGACGUGGUUCAGUGUGUGUACUGCCAUCACUCUGAACCGUCGUACAAAGAGAUGCUUUGGCAUUUGGCCACUUACCACCAAGACCAUCCACUCGUGCUCUUCAUCAGGACUGAAGGACAGAGGACUCUGUUCGAGGAGUUCAUUGCUAGGUUUCAAGUGAUGAAGCUUCGAGGAAUCAGGCCAAGGGCCAUGCAAAAGCAGCAGCAGCCUGCGACUAUGCAGGUGGAGAAGAGUGGCUCCAUAGUGGUCGACGUAGCCAGCGCAGAGGAGCUAAACAAACCAAGUGAGACUGAGAUGGCUCUGCAGUGCAAGCAGUGCCAGACGAAGUUCACGGACCUGUCUCAACUGCGCUCCCACCUUUACAUCCACAGGGGGUACUUCCCGCACUCUUGUGAACCUUGCAGAAAAUACUUCACCACAGUUGACGAAGCACAGGCCCACGAGUGGAAGAGGCAUAGGACGAAGGGGAUUCUCCCAACGCAGGAAUUCAGGCUUCCGCCCACGGAAAUGGAGGUCGACACAUGCAUAGACGAGGAGGUGGAGAGGCUGGAUGCCCAAGUGGAGGCCCUCGAUACGGCGAAGUGCCCGUGGCAGGGCUGCAGUCGUGUCUUCACCGACAUGGAGUGCGUAGCCUACCAUGUAAGGGCCGACCACGUGCCCAAACCCAAUAUGUGCGCGCUCUGCGAGUUCAGUUCUUACAGCCCAGAGGUGGUCCGGUGGCACACCAAAAACACGCACAAGCCGUCGAGUCCUCGGGUCGCGGGCACAUCCUCUGCCUCAAAGAAAGUAACCACAGGCGAGCGCAAGUGCGGGCAAUGCAGUUUCAGGGCCGAGACAUUGUGCACUGUUCGGGAGCAUUACAGGAAGGCACACCCAGGCCUGGCCUUCAAGUAUGUGGUACCCAAGCGCCACGGGCGGGUGAAGGCGGACGUGGCGAAGAAGUGUGCCGUCCCUCCACCGCUUUCGGAACCUCGUUCAUCUACCGCGGCGUCUCCACCUGCCAAAGCGUCCCCAUCCACUUCCUGGCAGGAGAGACAAUCUGGUUUACCUUGCGACCGGUGCGAGCACGUCGCGCCUUCGGAGCACAUGCUGCACAUGCACAAGUCCCUACGACACAGCACUCAGCCUUGUGCAACCAAAAUGAAAAGUACUGCCAAGUUGUUGAAAAACUUCGGAUGGAGGGUUUCCGCUGCCUGCGACAGAGAGCAGAAAACACCUUGCCAACGGGAAGAUGAAAACCUGAACGCACCAGUCAGGGAACUCAGCACCAGAGUGUCAGUGAAAGUAGAACUGCAGUCCGAGGAAGACAAAACAGAGGUGGAUGAAGACCCUGAACCGACACCGCCGGAAAAUGAAAGACCAGGAACUAAAUUGAUAGCACAGGGGAAUGUCCGGUGCGAGGAUGACGCCCAAUGCCAACGCCUACUAAGGUGCCAAAGCGAGGCACAUGAGCAGCACCCAUCGAUAUGUGAAGACAAUCCACAAGGGGAACAGCCCUCGUGCAGUAAGGGUUUUCUCUGUUUAGGCAAGACCUGCACUGAAAGGUUUGCCACAAAGACUGAGCUUCACUGUCACAUGAGCAGAAAGCAUAAAUUCUUUGCAGUGUGCGGUCAUUGCAAGAAACCUUGCAUGAACAGGACACAAGUCUUAAACCACCUGCAGAGCAGACAUCCUAACUCUAAAGAAUGCUACACUGUAAUAAGUCACAAAAGUCAGAAUUUGGAAAGGAAGCCAACGUCAUCAUCUUCGGCAGGUUUGAAUGCAGGAUUCUCAUGGUACAACAAGCCAAGAGAACCGAUCAGCCUUAAGAAUGUGUCAGUAUGGGCUCGCAUGCCCAGCUCUACAAGUUAUGUGAAGUUAGAUGUGGACGUGUUUUUUAAGGUGUGCAGCGCAAACCCCUCAGUUGUGGUGAAGGACUAUCUGAAGUCCCUUGUUUAGUCAUUCAGUAUUGUUUGUUUUUUUGUUUAAAAUUGUCAAUUAAAGUGCACUUACAUCGGGGCUGUUGUUCGAUUGAUGAGACACAUUGAAUUUCAUGGUGUGAGCGGGGAAUACCCAUACAUUUCGGCUAUCCUGUGCGGUCAAAUAUUUUCGACAGUUAAGACCUUUGUAGAUUGACACGGCUGAGUAUGGUGUCGGAAAAAGCCAACAUGAAAUGAAACAAACACUCCAGUUGUGUUUGUUCUCUCACACACAAACUCUCAGAAAACAAGAGCUCCGCAACUUCGUCCUCGGCGUUGGAGAGAACUCCGUAUUCUUACGUUCAAGGCUGAAAAUGGAGUGAAUGUAAUGAAAAGAUAAUGCUUGUAAAGCAGUGAAGGCUUUGAAGAUUUAAUGUAAACGAUCAGUCAACAACCCCACCCUAUCUCCCUCCCCAAUAAAUUGCCUAUAACGGUC